UCCUGCGGCGCCAAAGCAGGCGCGGCCUUCAUCGCCAUCUCGGACAAGAUGAGCGCCCAAGAAGCGGCCGAGGCGGACGACCUGACCGCGCAGGCCGCAGCGCCGAACCGCAACAUCACGGUGCCCCUGUACUUCCACAUCAUUGCGGCCUCGGACAGCGCCGCGGACGGCUACGUGCCGCAGUCCCUCGUCAACGCGCAGCUCAAGGCCAUGAGCGACGCGUACAACCCGCAGGGCGUCUUCUUUGACUACAAGGGCGCCGAGUGGACCAUCAACACGACGUGGGCGGCGGGCGAGGACGAGCACGGCAUGGGCGUGAAGCUGCGCAAGGGCGGGUACAACGCGCUCAACAUGUACUUCCUCGCCUCGCUGCCCGACAACCUGCUCGGCUACUGCUACUUCCCCGUCACGCCCAAGCCGCUGCCCGGCAGCAACAACUUCAUCGUCGACGGGUGCCGGCUCGUGUCGUGGACGAUGCCCGGAGGCUCGCCGGGCGGGCCGUACAACGCCGGCGCCACGGCCGUGCACGAGGCGGGCCACUGGUUCGGCCUGAUGCACCCGUUCGAGGGCGCCUCGUGCACCGGCCGCAACGACUACGUCAAGGACACGCCCAUCCAGUCGACGCCCAGCUUCGGCUGCCCCGUCAACAAGGACUCGUGCCCCGGCAAGAUCGGCGUGGACAACAUCCGAAACUUUAUGGACUAUUCGGACGACACGUGCUACACGGGCUUCACCAAGGGCCAGAGGAAGCGGCUCCGGAAGAUCUGGAAGGCGUUCCGCAAGUAGGCCGAAUGCAGAGGUAGAAUGAUAGGGUGGCGGGGCGGAUCUCUUCGUUGUACAUGGCUUUAUUGCACGGGGUUGUCUUUUCGUAGUCGAG